AUGUCCUGGAAGUUGACCAACCAAUUGCGAGAUAAGAUCUAUAGGUAUGCGAGGUUCCCUCCUACUGGUGUCUCGCUGAGGCAGAUGGUUCAAUUUGGACCCAAGCCCUCCGCUGGUACUUUGUUCCACGCGUCCCAAUUUGUAGUAGAAGAGCUACCUAUACGUCUUGCCCAUCGUGUGAAAGAGCUAGAAGAACUUCCAGAUGAUUUAAACCAAAUGCCAUCGAUACAGAGGGUCAGGGAUUGGUAUGCAAGAAGUUUCGAUGAGUUGACCUCGCUGGCCGCCCCCGACAUCAGUGACGAACUGCGUAACUUGCUUUAUGAGGAUGGUCACAACCACCUUUAUCAGCCAGAAAUGAAUGAAAUGCCUCCUAAUAACAUCCAAGUGCAACAUUCCGAUACGUCGUUUGACGAUGACGGCUUGGUCAUCAGCAACAGACACCACCACUCUAAAGCAACUAGUGCUUCACAGAACCAAAGCUCCAACAAAAAGAAAUACUAUCUAAGCUGCCCUUCCAAUGUCGUGUAUCCAAAAGAGGUCUAUGAGUACAACAAGCUGGUCGCAGAUACCCUGAAAACCAUCAAGAAGAGACACGAUGCGACUGUGCCUACUGUGGCCAGAGGAGUUCAAGAAUGGAAACAUGCAAAGAAUCAAAUGAGUAUCGAGUCGAAUAUACAGUCAUUUUUAGAUCGAUUUUAUUUAUCCCGGAUUGGAAUAAGGAUACUGAUCGGACAGACCAUCGCUCUGAACCAGGAUAUUGGCAACGACAACUACGUGGGGAUAAUCUGUUUGAAUACGAACGUGGCAGACGUUGCACGGGACGCAAUAGAUAGUGCCCGGUUUACGUGCGAGGAGCAUUAUGGAUUAUUUGAGGCUCCUAAGGUUCAAUUGUACUGCCCUGAAGAUCUCACUUUCAUGUACGUUCCAGGCCAUCUCAUCCACAUGCUAUUUGAAACCUUGAAAAAUUCGUUGAGGGCCACCGUAGAACACCAUAUCCAAUUGAAUCCCGGCGUGGAUAUUGAGGAUAUUGAAUUUCCCCCUGUAAAGAUCAUAGUCGCAGAGGGAAAUGAGGAUAUUACAAUCAAGAUAUCCGACGAAGGAGGAGGAAUCCCUCGUUCUGCAAUUUCCUUGAUAUGGACUUAUCUUUACACCACAGUGGAAGAGAUGCCAAGUCUAGACCAUGAUACCGAUGCAAAGGCUGAUUUCAGAGCUCCCAUGUCUGGCUUAGGAUUUGGACUUCCACUCAGCAGGCUUUAUGCCCGUUACUUUGGAGGUGAUCUUAAGUUGAUUAGCAUGGAGAACUACGGAACCGAUGUUUAUCUGCAUUUGAAUCGGCUGUCCUCCUCUUCGGAGCCUCUCCCAUAA